AAAGGAUCAUCCUCGUUUCAGCAGGAGGCAUUCGAUAUGUCCAACGGUUUCGACAUGCCGGGCGAGGACGCUAAGGAUGCCAAGACCAACCUGAUUGUCAACUACCUGCCACAGGGCAUGUCGCAGGAUGACCUGCGCAACCUCUUCAGCAGCGUCGGCGAGGUGGAGUCAGCCAAGCUGAUUCGAGAUAAAGUCGGAGGCCACAGUUUAGGGUAUGGAUUUGUUAACUAUGUUAACCCUAGUGAUGCAGAAAGAGCUAUCGAAUCACUGAAUGGACUAAGGCUACAUUCCAAAACUAUCAAGGUGUCGUACGCACGGCCCAGCUCUGAUACAAUCAAAGAUGCCAACCUGUACAUCAGCAGCCUGCCCAGGUCCAUGAUGCAGAAGGACGUGGAGGAAAUGUUCUCGCGCUUCGGACGAAUCAUAAACUCCCGAGUGCUCGUGGAUCAGUCCACAGGAAUGUCCCGCGGCAAAGCCUUCAUUCGUUUCGACAAACGCUCAGAGGCGGAGGAGGCGGUGAAAAACCUCAACGGGCAAAAGCCGCCUGGGGCCAGCGAGCCCAUCUCUGUGCGCUUCGCGGCUGAUCCCAAUCAGGUGAAGAAUACGCAGAUAAUCUCCCAGCUCUACCACAACCAGUCUAGACGCUUCCCCGGGCCCAUGCACCACCAAGCGCAACGAUUCAGGUUCUCCCCUAUGGGCGUGGACCACAUGGGUGGCAUGGGCGGCGUAGGCGUGCCUGGCAACUCGGCCUCAGGCUGGUGUAUCUUCAUCUACAACCUAGGCCAGGAUGCUGACGAAAGCGUCCUCUGGCAGAUGUUCGGCCCCUUCGGCGCAGUCACCAAUGUCAAGGUCAUCCGCGACUUCAACACCAACAAGUGCAAAGGCUUCGGCUUCGUCACCAUGACCAACUACGAGGAGGCGGCCAUGGCCAUCGCCAGCCUCAACGGGUACCGGCUAGGCGACAAGACCCUGCAGGUGUCCUUCAAGACCAGCAAGGGCCACAAGUAA